CAUACACACACAAGUUCAGUGCGCUUCAGUGGUGCUUAUAAAAUUAGUCAUUAUCGUUUGUCCGAUUCUCUCAUUGAUCACACGCGCGCGUAUUACUCCAAAGUAACGUAACGCUUAGUUUGAGAUAGUGUGUGGCGGGCAAAGAUUUACGUUUAGCAACAAUGUGAUUGGAUUUGCUUUGCAAGCAAUAAGUACAACAAUGAAAACACUAGCAGACCAUACAGAAGCUACAUAACAUUCUACGAUACUAGUGAACUGUGUGAAAUCGAAAGAAGAUCUCGUUAGAGGUUAGCUUUUACGGUUUUGCGCGAGAGUUGUUUAUUAUGACAUUGAUGAAUGAUUACUGACAGUAACUUAAUCUACUCAGGAUGUACGCACUGCAGAUGCAAAAUGCCUGUCAGGGCGAAGAUGAGCCCCAGCCUGAGCCUUGUAUGCAAGAGCCACCACCACCUCAACAUCAUGUCAAUCAAGACUACAGCAAGUUUGAUAUUAUCAAGGCUACUCAAUAUGGAGCUCUGGACAGAGUUACAGAGCUGGUGGAAAUUGGUGCUGAUGUCAACCAGCCUGAUUCUGAAACAGUCACAUUGCUGCACUGGGCAGCAAUCAAUAACAGAAAAGAAAUUGUCAAAUAUCUGAUAGCAAAAGGGGCUAUCGUUGAUGCAAUUGGUGGAGAGCUUCAGUCAACUCCAUUACAUUGGGCUACAAGACAAGGGCAUUUGGCAACAGUAGUUAUAUUGAUGAGGGCUGGUGGUGACCCUACUUUGCGGGAUUGCGAAGGUUCUUCUUGUAUUCAUUUGGCUGCUCAAUUUGGGCAUACAGCUAUUGUUGCUUACCUUGUUGCAAAAGGUAUUAAUCCAAAUAUGCCAGACAGAAGUGCCAUGACACCACUGAUGUGGAGUGCUUAUAAAAUAAAUAGCUUCGCAUAUUUUCACAGCUUAGAUCCGACACGAUUGCUUUUGACUUUGGGAGCGUCACAUAGCCUUACAGAUAAUUGUCAUGGCAAUACAGCACUCCAUUGGGCCAUUAUUGCUAAGAAUAAUACUGCUAUUAGGACAUUAGUUCAUUAUGGAGCGUCGUUAGACACACCAAAUUUCAAAAAUGAAACACCAAUGAUGAUGUUGGAACCUCAUAUUGGAGCAGCAUGGUUAGGCCAUAAGUUCAGUUAUGAAUUAAGACAAAAGCAAGGAAGGAGUAAAGUGUGGUGUAGAAAUAAGAAUGUACGCUGGUACUGUAUGAUAAGUACGCCAUUUUUAAUAUUUCAUGCUGUAGGUAUGAUAUUCCAAAGUAAUAUAGACUAUUUAAUAAAAUUGAUGGCACUUGUUGCCCUCUAUAUUGCAAUUUAUACGGCAAAUAACUACAUUUUCGACGAAAGACUUUAUUUUGUUCUGCCAAUGUCGAUUUACUUAGCAACUAAGAUAUGGAUCUACAUAACUUGGAUCUUUUGGCUUGGAAUCCAUGCAGGGUGGUUUUUAUGGCUUUUGCUAGUCACGGGUUCAGUUCCUUUGUGGGUCUGUUUCUUAAAAUCAUGGCGUGGAGAUCCUGGUGUAAUUAAAGCUUCUCAUGAGAAGAAACUUGAUUGUAUUAUAAAUUUAGCUGAAAAUGGUGGCUUUGAGCCUCACCUCUUUUGUCAUACCUGCUUAGUAAGUAAACCAUUACGAUCAAAACAUUGUUCAGUAUGCGACGUUUGCGUUGCUAGGUACGACCAUCACUGUCCGUGGGUAAAUAAUUGUAUCGGAGCCAAAAACCAUAAGUAUUUCCUUGGCUACUUAUUAUCUCUUUUCGGUCUUUGCCUGGUAGUACUAGGAGCAACCAUACAGUAUUGGCAGUUUGAGUGUUGGACAAAUUUAAGUGACGUCCACACCGCUGACAGUUAUUUAGUUACGGCUGGAACCUGUGAUGCGUGGGUGAUGUGGGUCGCAGCCAACACUGCUCUUCAUUCAUUUUGGGUCGGUACACUAUUUGCUUGCCAGUGUUACCAGAUUAUGAUUUUGGGUAUGACUACGAACGAGCGCAUAAACGCCGGUCGUUAUAAGCACUUCAGUAAAGGUAAUCCGUUCCAUCGAGGAGCCUUACAAAACGCAGCAGAUUUUUGUGAUUGCAGUUUUUGCGGGUUAAAAGCGAAACCAAGCAGCGACUGGUUGCAGACUUGCAAUAAGAAAGAUGGUGUAGAAAAAAUGCCUUUGCUCGAUGACAAUUACCAGUAUGUCUAAGCUUCCAUUGCCAACUUAUAAUAUAAAACCAAAACGAACAAAGCAAGGUGUACCUUUGGAUAAGGAUCAAUGAGACGUCGAUUAUAUCGCCAAUCUAGUCAGGACAGAUGGUUUAGUUGACACAAUAGAAUGACAAAAGAAUCAGCAUAUCACGUGGAUAUAAGUUUUAACGCAUUUUUGUGCCACCGUAGAUAUCUGCAACAUAAUAUGAUAUAUAUGUACAUGUCUCGUGAUAUGCAUUCACGUUGUACAUACAGCUAUAUUCAAGCUGAACACGUAAUAAGUUUGAGUUUUUAUUUUAUAUGCAGGACAUUUGUAUUACUUGUACUUUUGAUUUGUAAGUUAAGGCGUUUAGAUUUGGCAACUUCUAAAGCUUCAAAGUUAUCGUUAUUUUCAAAUCUUAACGCUAGUGAUCUAUAAUGUUUUACUUACAAACGAAAACCAGCUGCGAUUAUCAUUUCCCAAUUGCUAAAUAUUUAUCAAUCGUAUAAAAUGAUGUAGGAUAGAAGUUAACGAUUAUUUCAAACGUUGUAUCAUGUUUAGUUCGUUUCUCGAUUGUUUUUGUGAGAACAAUGUGUAAUGUUCAAUCAUAUACUGAGAACUAUAACUGCCGGAAUUGAAAUCAAUUCAAUUGCGAUAUUUAUUACUGUGCUUACUUUUUGAUAUUUUUUCUAAGUUUGUUAAGCUUCGCUUGAAAAUUUAAUUAAAAAUGGGAAGUUUAAUUUUGCAUAAAUGAAAGCUAGAAAUAUACCUAAAGUCAAAUGUUAGGCAGCAAUGCAGCUACAUUACACAAAUUUCUAGAUAAAGCGUUUCAUAACAAUUUUAAUGAUUCGUCAUUAUCUAUUGGAAUAUUUGUACGUUAAAAUAUUCCUUUCUUAUCAGAAUCAACGCUAUAGUGAUAAUAAUGAAUGUUUUUUACAGACAUUAGUUUUCUUGUAAGAUAUUGAUGAAAUGUUUGUACAAAAAUAUACAUACAAAAAUAUUUAAUUUUUAUUUUUAAUUUUUUUAUGAACCUUACUAAUUCAAUUAACGUUUUUGAUCGCGCAAAAAUAGAACAAAAUUAAAUUAGAAAAAUGAUCAAACAUUCCGUUUCUUAAGUAAUAAGCAACCUAUAAAAAACUAUUAAAUUCUUGGCGUAUGUAUUACUCGUUAAAGUUUUUUUUAUAUAGCUUUAUCGAUGUCUAAUCCUGAGGAUGAGAAUAAUUUUGAAAAAAAGGACCUAUUAAAUUUUACGUGUUGUAUAUUUAUUAGAUGAUUCUAUUCGUAUUAGAAAAUAUAAUUCUAAUUAUAUAAGAAUCGAUUAAGUAAAUACUUUGGUAAACAAAUUUUUUAAACAAUAAUCUAAAUCCAACGAUGAACUUUCAUGUUAAAUCUGUGAUUUUUGAAAAUUUUAAGCUUGCUUGAUUGGCUACACAAGCAAUUAAAAUGUAAUAAUAAAUAUUGUAAUAAAACUUAGAUUAUUUAAUGUAGGAAAGUUUCAAGUUUAUCGUACCGAUUUUAUAUUAUUCAUCAAAGUAUAUUUUAUUUUUCAUUUUUGAGGACCAUGCAAAACUAUUGCAAUUCGAUACAAAAGAGACCACCAAUCGGUUUCUGUGCCAUGCAUAUUAAUAUUUAACAUUGUUUGCCAAGUUUAUCUUGAUGAGAAACAUUAUUUUAGCCAUUAUCUAAAGCUCAUAUGUAUGUAUGUACAAGAUUACC